AUGUCGACAACGGCAUAUCAGACCAGCGCUAAACCCAGGGGUCGUCGCGGUAGCUUGGGCGAAAGUUCCGAGCGACAUUCAGGUAGCAGGGCAUCCAGCUCAGCUUCCUUGAAGCUGUCAAAGACCCUAUCCAGGACUCUAGACGAAGUGUCUGUCCCAAGGAACAGCAGGCCGACUUCGCCUGCCACUUACAUUUACCGACCACGAACCCAUGAUCCUAGGCAGUCGGAUACGCUUUUGAGCUCAUCAAGACACUCCGCAGGGCCUGCCCGGUCCAGCAGGAACAUAGUCUCUGUGUUCGAGGAUAAGAAGACCAAACUUCCAGAAACGCUCGUCAAAGAAAAGCCGAUAAUCACGAAUUCCUCCGAUGUUAGGGGUCAGCCAUCCAUUGUCUCUCCGGAUGGUGCUGGACAGCCGCCAGCUGUGACGAGCCCGACAUCAAUUGAAGAAGAGAAAAGUAGCAUAGAGCCAGCUCAGCCACCCAGCUCACGUCCUGCUCACUCAAUGCAGCCAACUGUCGCCGAAGAGUUCGAGGAAUUGAAAACCACACAUUUGAUACCCGUUUCCCCCACGAAAUCUACGACAGUCUUUCCAACAACCUCUCCAAAGGUGGCGACAUCACCGGCUAUCCAUCCUGAGCCUGUCCCUCCAGGUGCUUUUCCAGUAUCCGAUCCCAUUGCUCCGAAACUUUCGCUGGACGACUUGACGUCUGCGGAGGCAACUACAGUAACCUCGCUACCACCACAAGGUCCUCUGGUUGCGCCGGCUCCAAAAGCCUCAAUACCUUUCAUAAAUAUGACAGAUGCUAACGAGCCGGAAAGUCCAGUACUUAUCAGUUCCAGCCCUCCUCCGGAAACAGGAGCUGUGGGCUCCAAGGCGCGCACUCCAUUGGCAUCACCGCCACAGUCACCCAUGUUUCAUUGUCGUACCAGCCGUCCGCCCUCGCAACCAGCCGUAUACCCUUAUCCUUACCCGCCUCUGAUGAGCAAUUCACCUUAUCAACAUGCCUUCUAUCCCCCGCCUUUCACUUCUCCUACCGCGCCCUUUGUCCUGCCAGAAGCGAUUGUAAGAUCUGGCCCAGCUGGGACGGAAGACGAGCGUAAGAUGCUGCUCGAAAAGGUGUCUAGUGUGCUUCCCGAUAUUAAUCGUCUCUUACACUAUUAUCAAGAAAGCCAGGGACUUUUAAGUGAAAAAGACCAUCUUGUCAAGCAAGCUGAAACCCAGCACGAGGAGGCGAUGAACAAGAUGCGCAUCGAACUGAUCGUCACAAAGGAGGAGUACGAAAGAAUCAUAGGAGAGCAAGCAACCGAGAACCUCAGGCUCAAAAGCCAUAUGAGUGAACAAGCCAAAAGAAUCUCAGUUCUGGAUGGAUUAAAGGAGGAACUUGCCGACACGCAGAGCAAAAGCGAGUCUUUGAACAAAGAGCUGGAGGCUUGCAGGGCUCACAAUGAGGAGUUGAAGACGCAAAAGCACGAACUGGAAGCUGAGAUUGAAAACUUGAAGAAACAGGCCGCGAGCGACCAUACUGAGCACCAGAGACUGGUUGAAGGCUUAAAGGAAAAGCAGGAAAAGCGGCUCGCAGAGAAGGAAGAGAAUCAUACUAAAGCACUCAAUGAGCAAAAAGCCAAUCUGUCGAAGAUUCAACUCGACCUGGCUGGGAUGAUCACAAAGCACACGCAGCAGAAGAAGGAGCUUGAUUCUGCACGAUCAGUCAUUUCGGAGCUUGAAAAAUCGGUGGCUGCGAAAAGUAAAGAAUUGAACGAUGCAGUGGAUCUUCGCAGGAAAGAGCUGGGAGAUGCAGAGAGAGCAAGCGAAGAGGAAGCUGAGCAGCACAGGCAAGAAAUUCUACUGUCCACCGAGAGAAUGGCAAGGAUCAUCACGGAACACAAGGUCGAAGUUGAUGCACUCAAAGGUUCUCAUCAGAAAGAGAUCGACCAAUUUCAGAAAGCGGCCAACGAGGAGCGAUCGAAAUUGACGGGGACAUUCGAGCGUUGCGAAACGCAGUUACAAAUUGAGCUAGAUGCUGCUCAAGCCGCCAUGGAAGAACUGAGACGCGAGCUUGACAAAGAACGUGAUGCUCAUAGAGGCGUGGAAGCUGAGCUUACUGCCGAAAGAGAGGCACAUGAUGUCCUAAAAGCGGAUCACGAAGCUGCUAACAAACAUCAUGCUGAGCUUGCCGAGUCAAUGCUCAGUUUGAGAAGCAAACAAGCUGAAUGGCAGCGAGAAAGCGAAAGGAUGGAUCGGAUUUUGCAAAGUCUUGGUCAGAUUAGUUCGCCCAAGACCCGCGGCAAGGGAGACCAGUUCUUUGUAGAAGCUUUCGAACAGCUGGCGUCGCUAGUAGAGGAGCUUGCGAAGCAUUUUGUCAACAUCUAUCCAGAUGACGCACAUGGAUUUGGAGCACAAUGUACGAGAAUUGGCAUCUUAGGUGUCGAGGGCAGCACAGCUGUAACACAAGACCUACGAGGCCUUGUUGUGCAAAGUCGAAUAUGGAUGGUUCUCCAACGACGUAUAUUUGAACCAUUCCUAUUCAUUUCCGAAUAUGGCGCUCUAGAGCGGCUCGGAUUGGGCAAGAGCCUGGCGGUCGUAGCUUGGAUGAUAAGGCGGAAGAGUCUGCGGCGAGAAGCGAUCUGGAGAAGUCUCACGAUGCAGACCAUUUAUGCCAGUGCGUACGGUCGCAAAGCUGCCGCUGCCACUGCAUUUUCUGUCACCAACGAGAUUAUGCAAGCCAUUCAGGCUAACACUGCCGUCGAAUCUCAUUCAGCACUGUUGUACGGUGUCCGCUUGGUGGCCAAAGCAGCGGUACAGAUCUGGCGCAGAGCCCGUCUCGAGUUGGACUCGGUCGGUUCGAGUAUGCCUCUGGCGCCCGCUGCAGGAAGCAGCGGCAGCCCUACUGAUGUCAUAUUGUGGGUGAGACCACAUAUUACCCGAGAAGGACUGAUGGACGAGCUAGGUUUCGGUAAGGAGGAUGGUACAGAAGCAUACGGCCCGAGUCGGGGCUCGUGUGUCUUGCUCCAGGGGACAGCUCUACAUCAAGACUCUUCACUGGGCCCGGCAACAAGCCCGGAGUGUGAUGGGGAGAUGAACAAGCGACAUCACGAGAGGACACUGUGA